AUGACAGGUGUCCGAGGAGAGGGCCCUGGUGAGGCCAGCUCCAGGCCCAGAGAGGGUGGGGGCCUGCCCAGGGUUGCACAGCCACCCCCCACACGCGCCCUUUUCCUGGCCCUUGGCUCCCUGCUGCCUCACAGUGGCCCCACAUGGGCCCUUCCAAACCCUUCCGAGGGGUCAGAGCAGGGCCAGGGGCUACGGACACAGACACCCUCCCAAGUCAGGCUGCAUCGUCCCUAUCCACACCCGGAAAGGAGCUGUCCCAUGGCCCCUCAGAAGCCUCUGGGAGGGACUGUUGGGUCUGUCCUGGACAGUGGGUGCAGGACAGGGAGAGAGGAGAGAAUGUGCUGAGAAGACAGAGACCUCCUCCUCCUCUGGGGCAAAGUCUCCCGGGCACACGGCGAUUGGUGGGCAGUACCCGGACCAGGGUGCUGUGGGCCAGCAGGCCCCCUGGGGUGACCAGGCCCAAGGGGUAGGGGGAGAUGCCUGCCCCAACAGGGGCAGCAGGAGAGGGGCUGAGCCUGAGAGGCCCCCGCAAGCCCCUGGGCAGUGGGGUCAUUCUCCUGUGAACAGAUGGGCUGAGUCUGUGGGUCCAGGCGGGGUGGGCGGUGGGCUGGGCUGCAGGGUGGCCUGGGGGAUGGGUCCUGCCUCCUAGCUUGCCAAUAGACGCAACUGCUCUCCAGCAUAACUGCCCACCUCUGGGGCCGAGCCCGCCGGGAGCUCUGCUGGGCCCAGCCCUGCCCUGAACCCGGAUCCGAACUGGGUGACUUCAGGGACUGGGGCCCUCCCCACCCACCUGGUGCAAAGGGCUUCCCUCCCACAGUUGGAUGGGGUAGGGACGAGCACAGGAAAGCCCGCAGAGCUUGGGAUGGACUUCCCCAGGGGCCUCCCGGCCAACCAGCCAGAACACCAGCAUCCUAUCCUUCCGAAGGCGGGCAAGGCACAGGGUCGUCACUUCCCAUCUGUGUCUGCUCAUGAGCCCGUACCCACCCCUGCAACAGCCCUGGGCUGGCGCAGAGCCCAGCCAGAGAGAAGCCCCACUCUAAAAGGGCUGGGCUGGGGGUCUGGACCACCUGCUCCAAGGUGAUAGUGGAACCAAGACAAGGCAGGCACCUGGGGCUACGACAGGUACCCCUUUGGGGCCUCGAGUCCUGGGUAAACAUUAAUGGGGCUUGGUACAUAGCAGGUCAUGUGUGCGCCCAGCAGAUCUUUGACCGGCCGUUGCUCCCGCCCUGUGUCUCCUCCCCGCAGGUGCCCCCUCACUACCCUCACAGGCACUUCCGGCACCCGGCACCCUGUGCCCUGGGCCACCCACCAAGUCUUCUUCCAGCCAGGACCAGCAAGGGAUCCGGGGAGCCGGGGCCCCCUCGACUCUGCCCCCGAAACUGGACUGGGCUCGCCUGACAACUGCUGGAGGUCACUGCAGCCAUCCCCCUGUAGCUGGAGGAAGUGGGAAGUCUCCAAGAUCCAGGCCUGGGCCUGGGUCUGUCCCUGCCAGAAAUCCAUGCCGAAUUCCCUCACGGGUGGCCAGGUCCCCCCCCUCACUCUGGACACAGUUGGCCUGGUGGACCGGAGUCUAGGAAAUGCAGGGACCUCCGGUUCUGCCCCAGUCUUGGAAGAGGGGGAGGUGGACCCCUGGGCUCUCCCUCAGCUGAAGGACACUGGCCAGUCCUGGAAAGAGCUCAGCGUGGCCGGAAGGGUGCUCCGCGUGGUCGUCGGCUUCCUCAAGGCUUGUGGGCUCCUGGGCAACCUUUAUCUUUUCAUCUGCUCCCUGGACAUCCUCAGCUCAGCCUUCCAGCUGCUGAGCAGCAAAAUGGCCGGAGACAUCUUUAAGGACAACGUGGUGCUGUCCAACCCCGUGGCAGGACUGGUCAUUGGCGUGCUGGUCACAGUGCUGGUCCAGAGCUCGAGCACGUCCUCCUCCAUCGUGGUCAGCAUGGUGGCCUCCAAAUUGCUGACCGUCCAGGCAUGCGUGCCCAUCAUCAUGGGCGUCAACGUGGGCACGUCCAUCACCAGCACCCUCGUCUCGAUGGCACAGUCGGGGGACCGGGAUGAGUUUCGGAGGGCCUUCGGAGGCUCGGCCGUCCACGGCAUCUUCAACUGGCUCACGGUGCUGAUCCUGCUGCCGCUGGAGAGCGCCACGGCCCUGCUGGAGAGGCUCAGCGGGCUGGCUCUGGGCGCAGGCGGCCUGCAGCCCGGGGGGCAGGCCCCCGACAUCCUCAAGGUGCUAACAAAGCCUCUCACACACCUCAUUGUGCAGCUGGACACCGAUAUGAUCACAAGCAGUGCCACAGGCAACGCCACCAACGGCAGCAUCAUCAAGCGAUGGUGUGGUACCAGGGAGCUGACGAUUUCAGGGAACAGCAGCGACUGUGGACCCACUGCCUCUGGCCCCUGUCCUGAGAGCAAUAGCUCUGUGGUGGUGGAGCAGCUGCCCUGCCGCCACCUGUUCGUGGGGACUGCGCUCACGGACCUGGCCGUGGGCUUCAUCUUGCUGGCCGCCUCCCUGCUCCUGCUCUGCACCUGCCUCGUGCUCAUCGUCAAGCUGCUCAACUCUGUGCUGCGCGGCCGCGUGGCCCAGGCUGUGAGGAAGGUCAUCAACGCGGACAUCCCCUUCCCGUUCGGCUGGCUCAGCGGCUACCUGGCCAUCCUCGUGGGCGCCGGCCUGACCUUCGUGCUCCAGAGCAGCAGCGUCUUCACGGCAGCCAUAGUACCGCUCAUGGGAGUUGGCGUGAUCAGCCUGGAGCGGGCGUACCCUCUCUUCCUGGGCUCCAACAUUGGCACGACCACCACAGCCCUGCUGGCCGCCCUGGCCAGCCCCGCGGACAUGCUGCUCAGUGCCCUCCAGACCCUUUUGAUGCAGGGCCCUGGUCCACCCCCCCCAGGAAGCCCUCUGGACUGCACCUUCCACACUGACUCCUCAAGGCCGGCAGCCCCUGGCAGGAGCUCUGUUCCCUGCACGCAUGGCCCUGCACCUCCUCCCCAUAGGAGCCCGGCCAGAGCCCAGGGCUGGGUGGCCAAGCCCACUCAUGGAUAAGCAGGAGCGGGGGCACUAGGCAUGAGAUGCAGGCAAGCUAAGCCGGCCCAGGGGAGGAGCAGACGCCGCCACUAGUGAUGUGCUUCCCCCACUAGGAGGCUAGACUCGGCUCCCAAACGCUAGGUGUGCUGUGGGGAGUGGGGCGGAACCGGAAGGCACACCCAUGUCUGGCGGGACUCUACCCUCCGAGGCGGCCCAUCGAGGCCAACAAGCGGACCUCCAACAGGCUUCAGACUUAGCACCCUCUGGCUGGGGUGGGGGGUGGGGAGGAGUAGCAGGGGUCUUGGGUAGCCUCCAGAGGACCUGCAUGCCAUGGGUCCCAGUCCCCUGAGCCCUGCCUGCGCUCUGGACCUCCAGGUGGCCCUCAUCCACUUCUUCUUCAACCUGGCUGGCAUCCUGCUGUGGUACGUGGUGCCCGUCCUGCGGCUGCCCAUCCCGUUGGCCAAGCGCU